GCCCGCCCGCUCCGCCCCGAGCCACCAACGGCCGCUCGUCCUGUCCUGUCCUCUCCUGUCCUGGCAGUGGGAGAGUCCCAGAUGGAGCGCGCGCCCUCCUGGGAUGAAUGGCUGGCCAAGCAGCUGCCACCGCGGCCGCAAUGAGGCCGGGGGGCUGUGGCAGCCGCGCCCAUUCCAGGGCAGCGAACCGGAGCCCGCGAUCCACCACCACCACCCUUAAUCCUUCGUUGCGCGACCCCGAGUCCCCACGCGGGCUGCGCUCGUCGUACAAACUACGACGCCACGCACUCUUGUUUUUUUUUUUGUAUUCUUUUACCAAGCAAGUUACAGUACUACGUAUUGUUGUUGUCGUUGCGUUGCGUUGCGUCGCGCUGCUGAGAAUUAGUUACUAGUCCAGUACUGGACUUGCCGUGUUCCAGCAUCGCUGGGCCGACGCUCCCCCGGCACUCGCUUCUUGCCCCUUGGCUGUCGCUCUGCCUUAUCAGCGGGUCGGUCUUUUUUGGUUCCUCUAUCCCCGCCGCCCCUCCUCUCACCUCGCUCGCCGCGUCGGCCGCCGGGACCGUGGCCGCCUUGCCUUCUAAGCCUCCGUCUCCCACCAUUGUCUCUUCCUUUCCUUCCCUUCCCCCUCCAUUCUUUGGCCCAUCUAUGCCACUGCCGCCUCCCCCGCGCCGGCUGCUCUCCGCCGUCCUCGCCAUCGCUUUCCUCGCCCUCUGCUACAACUACGCCCUCGUCGAUCCUCACCACCUCGCGAGCGGCCGCCGGACCGCCGUCACCACCACCACCACCACCACCACCACCACUACUGGCACCGGCGACAACAUGGGCUCCUCCAACCCAUCGCGGGCCCUCCGCCUCGCCGUCCUCGAGUGCGACUCGCCGCAGCCCCAGACCCGCGAGCUGUACGGCAACUACACCGGCGUCUUCACCUCGCUGCUCUCCGCCGCGGCCGAGUCGAGCGGCGCGCCGCCGCCCGGUCUGAGCGCGCUCGCCUCCAUAAAGGGCUACGACAUCGUCAAUGAGCUACACACAUACCCGAACCUCGACGACAUCGACGCCGUCCUCCUCACCGGCUCGCGACACAACGCAUUCGACAACGACCCAUGGAUCAAGAACCUCCUCGACUUCACCAAGCGCGCGCUCGACACCGACGGCCGUGUCAAAGUCGUCGGCAUCUGUUUCGGCCACCAGAUCAUCGGCCGCGCGCUGGGCGCCAAGGUCGGCAAGAGCGACAAGGGCUGGGAGGUGGCUGUCACCGACGUCGAUCUCACACCUGCGGGCAAGGAAGUCUUUGGUCUCGACAUCCUGCGGAUUCACCAGAUGCACCACGACAUCGUUUUCGACUUCCCGGAGGGCGCCGUGCCCCUCGGCUCCAACGCCUUCUGCGAAAACCAGGGCAUGUACUCGCCCGGCCGGUACCUCACCGUCCAGGGCCACCCCGAGUUCACCCCCGACAUCAUCUCCGAGGUCCUCUUCAACCGUCACACCGUCCGCAUCUUCACCGACGAGCAGUACGAGGACGGCAUGUGCCGCGCCACGAUCCCGCACGAUGGCGUCGCUGUCGGAAGGGCCGUCCUCAGUUUCAUGCGGCAGCGGUAGCACCCGGCGUGCGCAGACCGGGGGGGUUAGCCGAUUAGACGCUACGAUGCCACGUAUGCGAUAAUAACACGAAAGCGAGGACCUUGACCAUCACACAAAGCACAGGUCAAGACCGCCCACAAAAUCUCGCGCGCUGGGCGCGCCAUAUGUCAUUUUUUUUCGGGCGCCAUCGGUCGGGAAGGAUUUAUGAUAGAUGGCAGUGUCCUACGGGACCUACUAGACGACUCAUACCACGGACACGGCACUGGGCCGCAGCUGGAUGCUCGGCAAUGCACAUGGAUAGGCGACGGCAUGCGUCCUCCUAGGGUUCAGAUAGAGUGAGAGACAAGAGAGAGGGGUGCGCAGGGCAACUUUCAUCCUCUGCAAAAAAAAGCAUGGGGACGCGGCUCAGGAACGGACGCUGGACAUAUUACACAUCGACACUAUUUACUACACAGGGGAUAAAUACAUUUUCUGCA